AUGAUUGAUGUAGAAGGAUCGAAGGUGAUUGUUUUUGUGAAGAAAGAAGGUGGGAGGUUCGAAAUCCUGUUGGCACCAAAAGACAGAGACAAAUUAGCCUAUGUGAACAGAAAGAUAGUCACAGUCGAGGUAGUGGAAAUUCCCAAGAUUGAAAUCAAUGAAUGA